UUCUUAAUGCAGAACAAGAUCAUAUUACUUUAAUGAAAGGCAGGCAAUCCGAUGAUCUUUGUGCUUGUUUACAAAGUUGAUUUUGGUAUAAAAAGUGAGUGACAAGGAAGGAAGUACUGAGAUUCUGAAACUCUUUCUUUACUGGGAUUUAUAGCUUUCUAGCAGAUGGGUUCUACAUGAAGCCCAGCAUUCUUCAUGGAAGUUGUUCUUGGCAAAUGGGUUUGCGCAUUUCUACUCUGCUCUUGGCUCAUCUUCUCUGGUGUAUACUCAGUGGUGAGAUUACAUGGUGACUCUAAAGUGAGAGCUGUAAAUUUGGGAGGGUGGUUGGUGGUGGAAGGUUGGAUCAAGCCUUCACUUUUUGAUGGCAUUCCCAAUGGAGAUAUGCUUGAUGGAACAGUGGUACAAUUAAAGUCGGUAACUUUGGAUAAGUAUGUAUCUGCAGAAAAUGGGGGAGGGGCUAAUGUUUCAGUUAGUAGAGAUGUUGCAUCUUCAUGGGAAACGCUAAGGUUAUGGAGAGUGUCUGAGUCAGAAUUUCAAUUUCGCACUUCACUAGGGCAGUUUCUAACUUGUGAUGGUGCUGAAGGUUGCUCUGUUUCUGCAACUGCAGUAUCACCUUCAACAUCAGGAACAUUUUACGUUGAGAGAUAUAACAAUGGGAGGGUUCACAUCAAGACAAUGAGAGGCACAUAUUUACAGGCUACAACGGAAAACCAGCUUGUGGCAAACUAUCCAGGGAAACCAGAAUGGGAUGAUAAUGCUGCCACAUUUGAAAUGACCAUUGUUGCUAAUGAAUUGCAUGGAGAUUACCAGCUUGCAAAUGGAUAUGGACACGAUAAGGCCAAAGAUGUUCUUAAGAGACAUAGGAACAGUUUCGUCACUAUAGGAGAUUUCAAUUUUCUGUCUAGACAUGGAAUAAAUACUGUGAGGAUCCCUGUUGGCUGGUGGAUUGCUUAUGAUCCAGAUCCUCCUGCACCAUUUAUUGGUGGAACUUUGGAAGCUCUUGAUAAUUCAUUCUCAUGGGCACAAUCAUAUAAUAUUAGGUGCAUCAUUGACCUUCACGCGGCUCCUGGCUCUCAGAACGGGAUGGAACAUAGUGCUAGUAGGGAUGGUUCAACUGAUUGGCCUACUCCAGAUUCCAUUUCACAAACAUUGCACGUUAUAGACUUUCUAAUUUCCAGGUAUGCAAGACAGCCUGCUUUGCUGGGAAUUGAGCUUUUGAAUGAACCAUCUGCUGCUACUGUUCCAUUGGACACUUUAGUUUCGUAUUACAAGCAAGGCUAUCAAGUUGUUCGGAAACAUUCAUCAACAGCUUACGUAAUAAUUUGUCAAAGAAUUGGCAAUGCAGAUCCAUUGGAACUAUUUCAGGCUAACAUCGGCUCACAUAAAAUCGUGGUGGAUUUGCAUUAUUACAAUCUUUUUGACAAUUUCUUUUUCAACAUGAGCCCUACGGAUAAUAUACAAUUCAUAUACAAGAAGAGGGAAACUCAAUUGCAGGCCCUGAACAGUGCAAACGGUCCACUUGUUUUUAUUGGAGAGUGGGUCAACGAGUGGAAUGCAACGAGUGCUUCUCAGACAGAUUAUCAAGACUUCGGGAGGGUUCAGUUAGAGGUUUACAGUGCCGCUUCAUUUGGAUGGGCUUACUGGACACUGAAGAAUGAUAGACCUCACUGGGAUUUUGAAUGGAACAUUAGAAACAAUUAUCUUCAAUUGAGUAGUUCGCCCAACAUACGGAGUUUUAAGGGUUUAGUGUUGCUUGUACUGCUGUUCUAUCUGCAUCAUAUCUUGUGAGUUAUGACAGAUGACACCAGUGAUGAAUGAUGAAUAGCAAUUGAAGAGAAAUUACCUAAAUGCAGUUUCUCUUUCAUUUCUGCUCAACCAUCA